AUGUUCGGACAGAGUCCAGCCGCAAAGGGCGAAUUUCCCGAGAAGAUCAUGAUUAACUACGAAAACGAGAAGCCUCGUGCGCGGCGAUUCCAACGAUUCGAGCCUGGGCCAGCUGCUGUUCACAAGCAGAAUGUCGCGCUCUUUGCACACAUCGAUCGCGGCGAGGACCUCGUGGAUCAUCACAGCUUCUUCAUGAGCACAAACGCCACCUCGCAUGUCCAUCACUGCUCAUUCGAAGUGCAUGAUUUUGACACGCAGGCACUGGGUCACCAGUGGCUUGCCAAAAAAGAGUACCAGUCUGUUUGGGGUGUUGGUCGCCAUAUCCUGGGCUCACAAAUUUUUGACUAUUGGUGGGAUACCACUGGCAACAUGAUCGAGCACUAUGCUGAUGGCGAUCUUGUGAAUGAUCAAACUCCUAUCGGAUAUAGUCCUGCAGGCGAUGAGUCGUUGGCGGUUUGGGGGCCUGAGGUGCCUGCUUGGUUCUUGCAGUAG